GGCUUGAGCAUGUUUGCCUCAAGCGGAUGACUGUCUCCAACACAGACCUCACCCUCCUCGCUCGCUCCUUCCCCUCCUUCCGUGAUCUCAUGCUCAUAUGCUGCGAUGGGUUCAGCACCCCUGGUCUCACCAUCAUCGCUAAGCUCUACAGGAAUAUGAGGGUCUUGGAUCUAAUCAAGAACGAUGUGGAGGACGAGGACGAGGAGCUCGUCGACUGGAUCUCGAGGUUCCCCGAGACAACCACCUCUUUGGAGUCGCUUUCGUUUGAGUGCGUGAAUUGAGUGAAUUCACAAUGGCCGCUCGAGCAUUGUGUGUAACUUCAAAUAUUGAGACAUGAGGGGCAGCCUGGCAUAAGGAGGGUUGACUGGGACAUGAAGGGUUGAUCAGGAUGAUCGAGGCUUAUACUACUAACCGGGACAUGAAGACGGCCGGGACAAGAAGUCGAAUGGGAUAUGAAGCUGGACGAGACAAGGGAGCAUGCCUGGAAUGUUAGGAUAAUGUGAUGGGCAGGCAGUAAAGCAAUUCAGCAAUAAUGUUUACAUGAUUUGUAAGAAUCCAAAACUACGAUCAAGAAGUUUACCUCAACUGUAGAGGAUAAACUCCUGGUUAUCGUGUAUGAUUUGUAAUGUGGUUUGAGAGUUUUUACCUCUCAAUCUAGUUUAUAUAUAUGUACCUAUUUCCGUGAA